CGGGAGUGGUUCCGGGUCUCAAAGGCGGUGGCACCGUGGAUCGGGGAGCGGCGGCGAUAUGCGGUUCCGUUUCUGCGGGGACUUGGACUGCCCUGACUGGGUGCUGGCCGAGAUCAGCACCCUGGCCAAAAUAUCCUCGGUGAAGCUGAAGCUGAUCUGCGCCCAGGUGCUACGGGACCUGCUGGGGGAGGCCAUCGAGUAUGACAAGAUCCUGAAGCUGACCUCAGAUGCAAAGUUAGAGUCAGGGGAUGUGAAGGCGACCAUCGCUGUCCUCAGCUUCAUCCUCUCCAGUGCAGCCAAGCACAAUGUAGACAGUGAGUCUCUGUCAAGUGAGCUGCAGCAGCUGGGGCUGCCCAAAGAGCAUGCCAGCGGGUUGUGCCGUUCCUACGAGGACAAGCAGAGCUCCCUCCAGGACAGGCUCAGGGCCUGCAGCCUGCGAUUGAGCCAGCUGGGCUCUGUGUGCUGGCGUGUGGAUUACACCCUCAGCUCCAGCGAGCUGCAGGAGGUCAACGAGCCCCUGGUGCACCUGACCUUCAACGUGCGGGACAGAGAGUGUGAGAAGAUGACAGCUGUCCCCGUGACUCUUUCGGCCAACAAGUUUCGGGUGCUGCUGGCAGAGCUGAAGCAGGCYCAGACCCUGAUGAACACUCUUCUCUGAGGAGCCGGAAAAGGRCCAUGGCGGGAGRCACSGACACUGA